CACAUGUUGGCAGCGUGUGGCGGAUCUCACUUGCUUUACAAACAAAAUAAUUCUUGGUUUGCCCAGAAUAGAUUUAGUUUUGCCGCAAAUUUGUGUACUUGGUGAAACUAGCCAGCCAUGCCAAAGGUUCCAAGUGUUUACCGGUCUACGCGGAAAGCCAGAUAUCCUUACAUUCAGUUUUGGUGUUGGCUUUUAAAGUUUGAGUGAAUUUCCUCGUGUUGCACUGUUUCCUCUACAAUUCAAUAAUGCCUUCAACACAUCUCAUCAUAUUUUCCAGCCCCCCAACCAUGGCUCCCAAGAGGAACAAUAUCAUCCCCAACUGCCACUUCCACAAGGACUGGCAGCGCUAUGUUCGGACGUGGUUCAACCAGCCGGCCCGCAAGCAGCGGCGCCGCAACAAGAGGCAGACCAAGGCCAGGCAGGUGGCCCCAAGGCCCCUUGGCAAGCUGAGGCCCAUCGUGCGUUGUCCAACCUUCAAGUACAACACCAAGCAGCGGCUGGGCAAGGGCUUCACUCUGGAGGAGCUGAAGGGUGCAGCUUUGAACCCCAAGUAUGCCCGCACCAUUGGCAUUGCUGUGGAUUAUCACCGUACCAACAAGUCCAUGGAAUCCAUGCAGCAGAAUGUGCAGCGCCUCAAGGUGUACAAGAGCAAGCUGAUCCUCUUCCCUCUGAAGUCUGCCAAGCCAAAGAAGACCGACUCCACGCCACAGGAGAUUGCCCUGGCACAGCAGAUGAAGGGAGUGGUGAUGCCUCACAUUCCCAAGGCCAAGAAGGAGAAGGCCCGAGGCAUCAGCAAACGUCAGAAGAAGUACAGUUGCUUCAAUGCCCUCCGCCGGGAACGGGCUGUUGCACGCACUUGGGGAAUGCGUGCCAAGAAGGCGAAGGAAGCUGCCGAGGACGCUGCCGUCACGGGCAAGAAAUAAAAACUGUAACUUAUAAGAAUAAAGUUGAGAAAGAAA